AUGGAGCAGAACAUACGUCCCAAAAAAAAUAUCACCUGCGAUCCGCAUGAGACUUUGUCGACCGCAAUAUUCUUAACACUCACUAUCACUACUGCAAUAUCCGCCACAGUGGGGAACACGCUCAUAUGUAUGGCUGUGUACAAAACCAAAACCCUAAGAACACCCGCCAACCAUCUCCUUGUCAGCCUCUCUGUAGCAAGCCUUUUGUUUGUUCCAGUGUUGGUGGGUUACUCGUUCUCUCUCACCAUCAAAGAAUGCGAUCCGAGGGCUAAAACCGUGUGCAAGUGGUCUUCAAAACUGGAUUGGAUUUUAUUCUACGUUGUUAUGCUUCAUUUGCUGUUCAUAUCUUUGGAUCGACUGUUGGCCAUAAAACUGCCAAUGAGGUACGUAGUGAAACCAGUAUCUUGAAACUCGUUUGAACUUGAGUUUAUUAAUACACUGAAUUGUGUAAUUUGAUCGUCCAUCUAAGAGUAAUCCUAAGAAGGACUUCUGUGGUAAGUAGUGAUUGACGUUUGGAAAACCUUAGCUGAAGUCACAGCUAACAACAGCAGUCCUUCUCACCACGACGCUCUCUCGGACUACCAGACAGACAACCCCAUUUAAUACAAAGUAUGUUUCACUUCUCUCAUCGUUCUUGCUCCGUCUCUCAACAGAUACCCAGUGUUGGUGACCACAAAACGCACUCUCAUAACAAUAACUGUCCUGUGGAUCAUUGGCGUUGUGGAAGGCUUUUUGCCAAACAUUAUGAGGGAAAUUAUAGGAAAAGACGCCCGCCCACUUCUGGAGCUGAUUACUGGUUGUCUCCGAAAUAACUUUAUCCCAAACGAAAGAGACUUACAACCCAUAAUCCCCCACUUCUUAACUCUCAUGACAGUGAGUGUCUUACUGCCCAGCGGUAUCAUGCUGAUUUCACAUGCGUGGAUUUUCAUAAUCUCCUUUAAACAAUACAGACAGAUAAGAACACUAGAGGACGCUUUCUCGCAGAGGCGUGUCACUGAAAUGCGCGCCGCCAAGACGGUAUCUGUCAUCGUGUUUUCAGCGUUGGCUUGUUUCGCACCUGUGCUCACUGUGACUCUCAUCACAACAUUUGAGCCGCCCAGCAGAAACCUACGGAACGGAAGUGAAGCGAUUGUGAAGUACAAGCUCUUUCCGAUCCUUAAAAUUCUGUACUUACUAGCAAUAAGCUUCAACCCUUUGAUUUACGCUUUGAAAAGUGAGCCUUUCAAGGUGACAUUCAAGAGGAUGCUUCGACCUUGCUGGGCAAUCUGCCGUCCAAAACCCCCCGGAGCGUUCACAAUGGAGAGCUUACAGUUUAAAAUUACCUCACCGUCUUCCAAAACAAAAAGACUGUGUAGAAGUCGUUAA